AUGUCCUCAUCGCCAAUUCAAAGCAAACGGCCAAGUGCAACCCCUCGGAUUUCACGUCGAGCUGGCAUUGGUAAGAUUAAGCGUAUGCGUAGACCGAUGCUCCCGAGUGGACUUGAUCUCCCAAGGGAGAAGAGCAGAUCUGAGGGUCGCUCCAAAUUCGGUAAGUAG